GUAGAGAGUUUUAGAGCCACUUUGUUUUAGGGUUUUGGGGAUUAGGGUUCUAGCCAUGGCGAAGCUGCCGUGCGCGGGGCGGAGGAACAUCCUCGUCACAUCGGCGCUGCCAUACGUGAACAACGUGCCGCAUCUCGGAAAUAUCAUCGGAUCUGUGCUGAGCGCCGACGUCUUCGCGAGAUAUGGCCGACUGCGGGGCUACAAUAUCAUCUACAUGUGUGGGACGGAUGAAUACGGCACAGCGACUGAGACUAAGGCCCUGGAAGAGAAGACGAGCCCAAAGGAGAUUUGUGACAAGUACCACGACGUGCACAAGAAAGUCUAUGACUGGUUUGAUAUCCGAUUCGAUAAGUUUGGGAGAACGUCUAGCCCCGAGCAAACUGUGAUCUGCCAGUCGAUUUUCAAGAAGCUGCUUGCGCAAGAUAGGCUUUAUGAAGACAAGAUUAAUCAGCUUUACUGCGAGUCUUGCCAGCGGUUUCUUGCUGAUAGAUUCGUCAUUGGCACUUGUCCCAAGUGUGGAAUGACGGCCAGAGGUGACCAAUGCGAGAAGUGUACGCACGUUCUAAACCCGGGGGAGCUUGUCGAACCAAAGUGCAAGAUUUGCAACAGUAGUCCUCAUUUAAGAGAAACAACGCAUCUGUUCCUUGAUCUGCCCAAGAUAAAGAACGAGCUGGUGGAUUACGUCGAGAAAACAUCUAUAGCUGGUGGUUGGAGUUCAAACUCUAUUACGAUCACGAAUGCAUGGAUCCGAGAUGGCUUGAAGGGCAGAUGUAUAACGCGCGAUCUCAAGUGGGGAGUUCCGGUUCCCUUACCCAGAUUCGAGGACAAGGUGUUCUACGUCUGGUUUGAUGCUCCUAUUGGCUACAUUUCGAUCACUGCAAACUACACUCCCGAAUGGGAGAAAUGGUGGAAGUCGGAAGAUGUUGAGCUUUUUCAGUUCAUGGGGAAAGACAAUGUGACGUUUCACACGGUGAUUUUUCCUUGCACCUUGUUGGGAACGGGCGAGCGCUGGACGAUGAUGAAAACAUUGAGUGCCACAGAGUAUCUGAAUUAUGAAGGAGCUAAGUUUUCAAAGAGUGCGGGCAUUGGAGUUUUUGGCAACGAUGCACAAGAUACGAAUGUUCCUGUUGAGGUCUGGAGAUACUAUCUUCUCUCCAUUCGUCCAGAGGCUGCCGAUACGUUCUUCAGCUGGGCCGACUUGCAGGCUAAACAAAACAAUGAGCUGUUAAAAAACCUUGGGAAUUUCGUUCACAGGUGUCUGAGCUUCUUAGCAAAACCUGAAGGCCAAGGAUACAGUUCAAAGAUACCUGAUGCUCCGGGUGCAGAGGAGCAUGCGCUGACCGUGAAACUUGCAGAAGAAGUGUCAGAGCUUCUUCAGCAAUACGUAGACUCGAUGGAGAAGACGAAACUCAAAAACGGACUGAAGGUAGCGAUGAGCAUUUCAAGCCUUGGCAAUUCUUACUUGCAAGAGUCGGAAUUCUGGCGCCUCUAUAAAGAAGACCGCCCGUCUUGCAAUAUAGUUGUAAGGACAGCAAUUGGUCUUGUUAAGAUUUUGGCGACCAUUCUCGAGCCGUUCAUGCCAUCCUUUUCAAAGAAGGUCGCAUCACAAUUAGGAUUAGACUUAUCCGAUCUUUCGCUCAUUGAUGCGGAUGUGGAGGCUUUCAGGACUCCCUGGGUUCUCCUCCGAGAUGGUCAUGUCAUUGGACAACCCGAUACAAUAUUCUUUGAGAUGAGUGACGAGGAAGUUCAGGCGUACCGUAAAAGGUUUGCUGGGUCUCAGGCUGAGCGUGCUUCCUCGGAAGAAGCAGCAAAGAAAGCGGACGUCAAAGCAAAAGCAGAUAUCAAGACUAAGGCUGAUGCCAAACCGAAGAAAAAGAACGCCACUGUUAACGCCGCUGAUGUUAAGACACCUGUGGACAUUAGACUGGCUGAUAUCAGAGUAGGCAGGAUCGUCAAAGUUGCAAAGCACCCGAAUGCAGAUUCUUUGUACGUUGAAGAAAUUGACGUCGGUGAAGACACUCCGAGGACGGUUGUUAGCGGUCUGGUGAAGUUCAUACCACUAGAGGAGAUGGAGAAUCGGCGAGUUUGCGUCAUCUGUAAUCUCAAGCCUGCGAAGAUGCGAGGAGUGCUGUCUCAAGCGAUGGUUCUCGCAGCUUCAAACAAGGAGGAGACAAAGGUGGAAUUGGUAGAGCCUCCUGAAGGUGCUGUUAUCGGCGAGAGAGUAACCUGUCCGGGGUAUGAAGGCGACGCUGACGCUGUGCUCAAGCCUAAAGACUGGGCAGUCGUACAGCCUGAUUUGCAGACAAGCAGUGAGCUGAUUGCAGUGUACAAGGGAGCACCAUUCUCAACCACUGGUGGAGUUUGCAAGGUGGCAUCCCUCGCAAGCGGCUCCAUCAAGUAGUGGUUCAUAAACACAACUUUUUGUACUGACUCCAGUUCUACUGGAAAUAAUUGAGUUUUGUUUUCAGAUUC